UUUAAUCUCUCUCCCAAUAACUAUAAUGUUGAACCUUUGCCAUGGCCAAUUCCUCCUCCUCUCUCCUCCCCUUCCUCUUCCUCGCCCUCGUCCUCUCCGCCGCCGCCCACGGCGGCCAUGCCGACGAUGAUGAUGCCGACUCCGACUCACCGCCGCCAAAUCUCCGGUCCCGGUCGCUGAUUCUGGUUAAGAUAUGGUGUUUGAUCAUCGUCUUCGCAGGAACCUUCGCCGGUGGGAUCUCCCCUUAUUUCCUCAAGUGGAACGAGGCGUUCCUCGCGCUUGGGACGCUGUUCGCCGGCGGUGUGUUUUUGGGGACGGCGCUAAUGCACUUCUUGAGUGAUUCUAACUCGACCUUUGAGGAUUUGACAGAUAAGGAAUACCCUUUCGCAUUCAUGCUGGCUAGCGCGGGGUAUUUGGUCACCUUGCUCGCCGACUGCGUCAUCGCUGGCGUUGUUGCAAGGGGAAGAAGCGUUCAGGAUGUUGAAGGAGCGAAAGUUCAAGAGAGCCAAUCCGGACAAAAUGGCGUGGCCUCACAGCCACAGCCUGAGGCUGUUGGAGUGCAUUCACAUGACCAAUCUGUGAAGUCCUUGCUCUAUGAAGCCAGUUCUUUUGGAGAUAAUGUUUUGUUGAUUGUGGCAUUGUGUUUUCAUUCUGUUUUUGAGGGAAUUGCUAUCGGUGUAGCAGAAACCAAAGCAGAUGCAUGGAAAGCACUAUGGACUGUGUGCCUCCACAAGAUAUUUGCAGCCAUCGCCAUGGGCAUAGCUCUCCUGCGCAUGAUGCCGAAUCGUCCCUUACUCUCCUGUGUAGCGUAUUCCUUUGCGUUUGCCAUUUCAAGUCCCAUUGGUGUGGCGAUCGGUAUAAUCAUAGACGCAACAACGCAAGGCCGUGUGGCCGAUUGGAUUUACGCCAUCUCUAUGGGACUUGCCUGUGGCGUCUUCAUCUAUGUCUCUAUAAAUCAUCUUCUUUCGAAGGGGUAUACGCCUCAGAGACCUAUUGCUGCCGACACCCCUUCUGCUCGGUGGCUGGCUGUGGCGUUGGGAAUUGGUGUUAUUGCAGUUGUUAUGAUAUGGGAUACUUGAUGUAGAGAAGAGGAUGGAGAGCUGAGAAGAAGAGAAGGAUAUGUUGAGAGCGAGGGCUUGGAUUUCUUUUGUUUGUUUGUGUUUUAGUUAAUAUGGAAGUAAAUUGCAAUGCAUACACAGAGAACGGUAAGAUACCAAAAAAAAUAGUCGUAGUCGUAGUCAUCUCUCACUUCCUCCUCAUCCACAACCCUCUGAUAUCGCCACGGCCGCUGGCUCUGCAACUGGAGCUUCUUCAGGAUAUUAAUGGCGGCUAUGUAAUUUGCUUUUGGUUACUUAAUAAGAAUUUUGAAUGAAAUAUUAUGACAGCAAGAAGAAUUUAGUAUCUAAUUAAUGAAAGCUUAGUUAAUGUACA